UGCUUUUUGCUUCGUGAACGGUAAAAAAUCUGUGAACGUAUGUGAACCAAAAAAGAAGAAAGGAAGAGAAAAGGCCCGUGUCUUCCCUCGUCCUCUUUCUGCUCAGUAAUCAAAUUCAACUAGGUUUCUGUUGUCUGAUAAUUGAAAUGUUUAAGUGUGAAAAUCGAAAUGAUCUCCACUUUGGGCGAAACGUCUUCACUUCGACAAAUGAGAACGUUCCAGUUGCACAAGUGAUUCGGUCUGCUAACCUCUCCUCUCUGCAUAAAAUAGAAAUUGUGUUGAGAAAGUGCGAAUCACCCCCCAGACAAAAGCCGACCCUUUCAUGGCCGACAAGCAGCCAAAGCCAUUGGAGAGGGUCAGUUUUGUUUGAAAACACUCCCUCUCUCAUGCUUUUGAGAGAGUAGCCUGAUGCAGAAAUGAAGGGUGUCUACUUCUUCUUUUGUGGUACGGGCCAAUAGCAGUCAGGCAAUGUGUUUUCGGCCGUUUGAUGUUUUAAAGAGCGAGAGAUUUUGUCAUUCUGAAGGAUUUGAUCAGUCGACUAGCAGACACUUGAUUAAUGGAACUGAUCCCUUUCGGUAUGGGAGAUCCCCUUCCGUCCCCUCCCUGUUCGCUCCCGGGCCUUGUUUUCCGUCUUUGGGACGUGCAGAACGAAUGACACAGAUGUUGUUGGAGGAGACAGUCCCCGUCCCUCUCCUCCUCUCCCGCGCUCCCAGCAUGGGGCCUGAAACUUGUUUUUCAAUCAUUGUUUCCGCCAACUUCUUUCCCAAAAGAGAAAAGCGAGGCGAGAAAGAGGAGGGAGAGAGCGGAGGGAGCGCUAAAUAAAAGAGGGAGGGAAAGUAAAUACAAAGCAUUUGUGGAAUAUAAAGAAAAAACAUUCUUUAUAACAAUCUCCCGAUAAUUUAGCACCACAAGGACUGUGGGGAGUAGGGUGGAUCGGUCUGAACUGCAUUUGGGAUGGUGUAGUGGAGGGUGCAGAGCCAGAGGAGAGGAGCUUUAAGCUGAAGAUGCAGGUGUCAGCAUGGCUGUUGUGGGUGGCAUGGCUGUGUACCUGGACCGAGGCGGCGCGCCAGUGCCAAUGCCAGUGCACAUGCCCACCUGAGGAGCAGGUGGCGCAGAGAUCAGAGAGGUCAGAGGGAAGAGGGCACCUUCGCCAUCGCCUGGCGCACCAGCGGGCAACACACAGUGGCAAGGCCCAUCGCAGGAAAGGUUCCAGGCUUGUUUCAGACAGCGCUCCCCGUAUCGUCCACCAUCCCUCAGAUGUGGUUGUCCGGGUGGGCAGUCCGGCCACUCUGUCCUGCAGGGCGGAGGGCAACCCUGAGCCCACCAUCCAGUGGCUCAGAAAUGGCCAACCUCUUGACACGGACAAGAUGGAUGUGCAGUCACAGCCUAUCGUUUUACCAGAAGGAAGUUUGUUCUUCUUCAGCGUCGUCUCUGGCCGAAAGAGUCAGUCCCAUGAAGCGGUGUAUGCCUGUGUGGCUCGCAACAGUGCUGGGGUCGCUACAAGCAGAAAUGCCUCUCUUCAUAUAGCAGCUCUGCGAGAAGAGUUCCGUGUGCAACCCAGUGACGUGGAGGUGGCGGUUGGUGAGGUGGCUGUAAUGAACUGCAGCCCACCUGUUGGACAUCCUGAGCCCAACAUAACCUGGAGGAAAGAUGGGAUCCUAAUCAACAGCAGCAAUGAACAUUACACUGAACUGAAUGGUAAACUGAUCAUUGCGCCAACCCAGAAGAAUGACUCUGGAGUUUACAGCUGUAUAGCCUCAAACACAGUUGGAGUGAGAGAGAGCCGAGCGGCUCGGCUGUCUGUAUUAGCUAAACCAGUGUUACUGCGUAAACCAGAGGAUGUUUCAGUGCAGCUUGCAGCGUCUGCACAGUUUUUCUGUGAGGCUGAUGGUGACCCCAUGCCUUCUGUAGAGUGGAGCCGAGAAAAAGGACCUCUACCCAAUGGAAGAUAUUUAAUCAACCCCGACCACAGUCUGCAAAUCCACUAUGUGACGGCUCAGGACAUGGGCAGGUACACCUGCACUGCGGAAAAUAAGCUUGGGGUGACUGUGGCCAGCGCACAGCUUCUUGUAGAGGACGUAGGAAGCACCAGACUGAGAGACCUACACAAGGAGCUGUCUGCCUUACGCGUGAGCCUGGAGAACGUUACAGUUAUGAGUACUGCCUCCAACAUGUCUCAAGUCAUGUGGAGGUUGCAGUCGUCUAUGUCACAGCCUCAUUAUCUUGAAGGCUUUGAGGUGCUGUAUCGCUCUCUCCUGCCGGCCAGCUCAGACUGGACUGCUCAAAGGGUUCCUCAGCCUGGCCUUCACACACAUGUGGGACCUCUGAAGAGAGGCUACAAGUAUGAGUUCAAAGUCCGACCUUACGGCAGCAGCCUGUAUGGCAGGGAGAGCAACACAAGACACUUACGAGUACCAGAGAUAGUCCCCAGCGCGCCACCUCAGGAUGUGUCCAUAACAAUGCCCACUGACCGUAACGACACUGUGCACCUCAGCUGGGAGCCUCCACCUCAUGACGCUCACAAUGGAAUCAUUCAGGGAUAUCAGGUGUGGUGUGUGGAGUCAGAGGAACAGAAGUCUUUUAACUGGACAGUGGACAGUGGAACACACAGUAUUGAGAUCAGCACACUGCAGCCCGGAAAGCUGUUCUGGGUCACGGUGGCUGCCAUUAAUGGGGCGGGAGUGGGGGUCCAAAGCAACCCAUACAAACUGCUCAUAGAGUCGAGGCAGGAGGCGACACCGUAUCAGACAGGCAUACUCAGUAUGUCUCAUUUCCUUGCUGUGAUUAAAGAGCCGGUAUUCAUUGGCAGCGUUGGCACCCUCCUGUGGUGUAUUUUGAUGAUUACUGCCGUGUUUUUGUACAGGAGACAUGUCAGACCCACCGAGCUGGGAGGCAAACACUCAGGCUUAUAUAGACUGGAAAGUGAAGAUCUCAUCAUCAAACACAGAAUGGCAGCCCCAGACUCUCCGUGGAUCUCUGGAGGCUGGAGGCCAGAUUCAAGCAGUAAGCCCAAGCAGGGCCUUUGGACACCGAGUCAAGAGAACUCUGGCUUCCGGAGGACCACUCUGCCCAUUACGGCUAAAAAGGACCCCAACCCCCUGCGGUCAGCCGUCCCGAUUGUACCAGAUAAUUGCGGCGUCUAUGGCACCUUUUAUGUGGAUCUAACCGGCAACGGACUGAAGACGUUUAAUAGUCCAGGUCGCUGUCCCAGAAUGCCUCACGGCAAAUCUCAGCUGCAUAACUCCGAGACCGUUCGGAUCACCGAACCCAUCGUCAAAACUGCUGUCGUGAGGGAAGUGCAGGCGUUGCCAUGGAAACGUGCCCUCCCUGCCCAGCCCAACAUGGGAGUUCUGAAGGAAUCGUGGGAGAAAAAUUACAAGCGUGAGCUGCAUGCGGUAAAAAGUGCCCCGUUAAUGCCCGUGAGUCAACAAGCACUGGCAGUGUGCAGUGCACCAAGUAACCAUCAGCAAAGAUUCAUUCAGCACCCUGCAGGUGGUGUAUCAGAGCCUGUGAAGCCGCUGAGUUCUCCGCGUAUUCUGCACUACUCUGCCUCUCUGCAGCUAGUGGACAUGUUACCCAGCCCUCCGCCUCUUCCCAUGGAGGACAACCACAGCCUCAGCUCAGAGGAGGAGUCUACCAGAUCUACUAAGUUGACAGUUGACAUCGGCUCUCAGCAGUCUGUGUGUGCUGCCUCUGGACUCCAGGGUUCUUCUACAGUUACUACAGGCUGUCCAACUCACCACAGCCCAGCCCAGCCAAGCCCGACCUACAGCCACCUGUCCACGGCCUCCUUCUGUCUCUCCACCGACGACUACCAGGACACCACGCUCAGCACUCAGGGCCACACUCAAUACAUGGAGAUCAGCCCCAAACACAGGGGCAAAGUGCGUCCCAUCAAAGUUCUCCAUCAAUGCCCCGUCCGUUCUCUCCCACACCCACGUUUGGUUACAUCUGUGGGCCUGCCGACCGGGAGAUGGAUGACGAGCAGGAGUCUCAGGCAGUCAGCCUCAGGAGAGCCACACUGAGGAGCACUCCUUCAUCUUGUUGCAGCGAAUGGGAGGGUUCGUUGUGGAACGGCUGGGGUUCAGUGUCCGAAAGCAAUGUGACGAGCGCUAGAACGAGUAUCAUCAGCUCCUCUGACUGUUCGUUCAUAAACGA